AUGCCACUGAUGGAAUCGUGUAUGAAGGAGGUGCCCAGUCGAGAGGAUCUUGCUAGUGCCAUCUUCUUCCUCAGCACCGUCGGACCGGAUGCGUUAUUCCGCAUGAUCCUGAAAAAGCCUCCUCACGAUCGUACACCAGAGGAACUUGAAUUAGUCUAUGAAGAAUUGCUGCAUGUAAAAGCACUCUCGCAUCUCAGCACUAUGGUGAAACGUGAGCUUGCUACCGUAAUCGGCUAUGAGCAUCAUAGCAAUGCAGCUUUUUUCCUUUAUGGUGAUUCUAUACUAUCUAACAAGGCGGGUGUCGUGUGCACUCUGCAAGAAGGGGAUGACUUCGGAAAAUUGGCAUUGGUGAACGAUAGUCCACGAGCGGCCACCAUCGUCCUUCGGGAAGACCACGCACAGUUCCUCACUGUCGACAAACACGACUUCAACAGAUAUUUGUUAAGGAUUCUUCGAGAUGUAGAAGCAAACACAGUUCGAUUAAAGGAACACGGACAGGAUGUUCUGGUGCUCGAAAAGAUCAACUUGCCACGAGGAGCCGCCAUUGAAAACUCCCAGAUGUACGUGUUGGAGACACGCGUGGACGCCCAGGAGGAUGGCGCAGAGCUGGACGUGUUUCUGGAGGACCUUGUACUCACUCACAUCAUCUACCUUCCAACCAAUACCCUUUGUAACUAUCUCAAACACUACUAUUCGAGACCUGCCGAACAGCAUGCGGAUCCUCUAGUGGCUCUCGACGUUCUUGAGCGUCAGCUAACGGCACGCAAACGAGUGGUGUCGUUCCUCUGGUUGUGGGUACACACGUUGGGGAUACACUACUUUAUGGAUCCGGCCGCGAACGCGUUCGUUGAGGAAUUGUAUUGUCAUGUGCUGGAGGACUGCCGUACGCUGCCUGGCAUGGCGCCGAUACUGGCGAGAAUCACAGCACUCCGCGACCUCAGGGAAAAAGCUCGCCGAACCCUCGCUCGCCAUCCUGUCGUCGUCCUGGAGUGCGGAGUUCUGACCGCAAUGGCACCUGCUCCAAACCCUAUAUUACCCAGCGACAUAUGUAAUCAGAUCAUACAUCUGUCCGACACGACGUCUUUUGCACUGCCAAUUCUGAUGGACAAGACGGCCGCGGAAAUCUGUGAACUUGUUCGCAGACGGCUGCGCAGUUCGACCAAUGACGAACUGGCACUCGUCGAAGUGAAAAGCAGUGGAGAAAAGGUAGUGUUCUACGAUGGAUAUGUGAGCAUUCCUACAAUGCUGUCGUUGAACAGUAAUCUGUACGUCGCCAGCAAGGACGAGAUCGAUUCGCUGGUUCCUCAGGUCGAUCAAAACGGGCCAGUCGAAUCUGUGCAUGCAUCGAUGAUGGAGUUUGUCGGAAGCCAUGAACUAGCUGAGCAGCUUCAUCUGCUUCAUACCCAGCUGUUUGAGUACUUCAUAAGAUUUAACGAGGUUCAGUACUGGGCGACGACAGAAGUACUGCUUGCUCAGCCUCAGAAACGAGUCAACACUCUUCGGAAAUUCAUUAAAAUUGCCAUGUACGCAAAGGAGAACAGAGAUUUGAUGACGCUGUUUGCCAUAACGUUGGGUCUGAGCAACAUCGCCGUCAGUCGCCUUACUCAUUUAUGGAAUCGCCUGCCAGCCAAACUUCGCCGGCAGUUCGCCGAAUUCGAAUCACUACUAGAUCCAUCUCGAAAUCACCGACCGUAUCGUGCUCUUGUUGCUAAGAUGUUGCCGCCAUUAAUACCGUUCGUACCGCUUCUCUUGAAGGAUUUAACGUUUAUUCAUGAAGGCAACAAAACUUACUACAACGGAUUGGUUAAUUUUGAAAAAAUGCAUAUGAUCGCGAACAUUCUACGGAAGUUCCGCCAGUGCAAAUCUAGGUAUACCGGUGAGCAGCUCCUUAACAUCUGUGCAGUGUUUUUGCGAAAAUGUGAAACUUAUUCGGUUCUUUAUCAUAAGCUAGAACGCAUUUCAGCUCCACAACUGGAAUCAAAGAAGAUUUUCGAAACUCAGAACUUCAUUCGAAACUUCCGUGUUGUUGAUAACCAACGACGGUUAGUAGAGUUGAGCACUUCUAAUGUAACUGAAUAA